AUGUUGUCCUCCUCGAACUUGCAAGGACCUAUUCAGCGAACAUUGACAUAUGGGGACGGCAGCGACGGUGAUACGGUCAAUCUUACAAGUUCGCAAUUACGAAAUUCUGGAGUCGUAUCCACUAAGCGGUAUACAGCUACUGCUGGCAUUACUUCGUUUGAUGUUGCUUCUGAGGGCUCCGAUGUUGUCAUGUUACCAAACGGUGGGCAAUCAACAGUAAAUUUAAUAUAUGAUACACGAGAAACCUCUGGAAGUUAUUCAUUAACUGCAGCCAUUACAUCUAAAACAAUGCUGGACACAACAACGGCUUCUAUUGUCGAUAGUAAUAAAACAGUGACGUUUUCCAUAUCAUCUUCAUCUAUGAAUACUCUUCAGUACGGAACAUAUGAAAUGAUUUUGAACCUCACACAGGAAAUUGGCGAUUUUUCUGAUACAGUUUCCAAGAUCUUGUUAUUAGCUUAUGAAGAGUCAAUAACCACUACUCAGGUUUUUGUUUCUCCGCAUUUGGUUGUGAACGAAAUCUCUUUCUUUAAUGCUACUUUGGAUGGCUCCAACAUCGUCACUGAAUGGUAUUUUAACCCAAACACCUCAUGUAUCUAUAUGCACGAAGGUGUUGGCCAAAGAACAGUUACAGUCAAUUUCACAAUUCCAGUCGGAGGGCCCGUCAAUGUCACUGUAGUCGCUGUUAACUUUGUUUCUCGGAAAAUGAACUACACGAUGACUAAAGCGCUUUAUAGAAUCCAUGGAAUGACAUUGGAUGCUCCCGUUACUCUUCUUGAAACAAGACAAUCAGUAUCAUUCAAGUUAACCCUUGAUCCGUCGGCUUUGCAACCUCAAGGAGAAAUGAAUAUUACCAUAGAUUAUGAUGAUGGGUCUAGUCUUGAAAAACAUCCUGUAUAUGGUGAAUCAACCUUAACAUCAAUGCAAACAAAUGGAUUUCAGUUUCAUCACACCUAUAAUAAGCAAGGCAAUUAUACCAUGAAAGCGACACUUGAAACAGAAGUUGAUUCAAAACAAUACACAACGAAAGUCUACAUUUGGGAUAAACUUGAUAAUGUUAGCUUUCUCUGCAGUAGCUUCUAUGCAAAAGUGAACGAGGAAAUAGCAUUCUCCUUUUCCAAUCCCCCAAAUUCAAAUUUUCAGUAUUUUAUCGAUUAUGACGAUGGUUCAAUCAGACAGAAUACUGUUAGUGAUCUUUAUAAGAUUUUCUCACUUGUGACUACCUGGAAGAAAACUUAUAUUUCACCUAGUAUAUACACCGUGAGGGCAAGCAUAUUCAAUCCAUUCCACAUCCAGUAUGCAACUCUGGUCAUCAAAGUUGAACAUCCAAUAUUACCAAAUGAAUUUACGCUAUCGCCAACAGAGGAGGAGAUACCUACACCAGAUGGAAUUCAAAUUUUCACUCUGAGCUACAACAGUCCUCGACCGCCACCAACGGACAUCUUCUGUACUUUCAAUUUUGGAGAUGACUAUCAGGAGGUCAAUGUUUCCUCAGACAUAUUGAGAGACAAACCUAUAGUAAAAACACAUAAAUAUGUAUCUAGUGGAGUGUACAGUGUUAUAUUUUCCUGUUUUAAUCAUAUAAGCUCUAUGAACAAGUCUUCAAGUAUAACUGUUCAAUCAUUCUUAUUGUCCGAUUUUAUAGUGGAUUAUGGAAACAAAAUUAAGCUGAUGAAUAUGACGAAAGUGUCAUUCAAACCAAAUGCAACUUACAGACAUAAUGCAAUAUCUAAACCGUUGCCAGUGGAUGUCAAUUUCCGCAUAUUUUUGAAAAAUUGUUCAAAAAUGCCAACAAAUAUUAUUGUGAAGUGGAACUUUGACGAUGGAGUAAUUGAAUCAGGUCUACAAAGUUUUUUUUUGAAAACACACAAAUUUACUCAAAGGAAGAACCAUUCCAUGGUUUUUACGUUCAAAAAUACCAUAGAAAACACAGAAUAUUCAUUUCAUUACUGGAUUCAGAUGGGAAUUGUUCAAUUUACGGCGGAUAGACAAGCAGGUAUAAUUUCUCAAACGACAUUUCAGUUGUCUGCUGUUGGAAUGAACAGUGCCACAAAUACGUUCGAUCCCGACUGCAAAAAGGUUAAAAUGCAAAACAAUGCAUACACAGUCAACAUUACUUAUAUGACUUAUGGAACAUUCCUGCCAAAUGUAAUCGCACAGAAUGAUACCAUGGCGGAAAUAGUGUACUUAGAGGAGCCAAUAAAAGUAGAUUAUGUAAUACAAAACAAAUUUUCACUUUCUGUUCCUAAUAGAACAGUCCUUCUACCACCUGGUGACGUAGACAUUACAAUUACUUCAGUACAACCCUUUCCAUUUAUUACAUGUUCUUUUACGUCGGGAGAUCUUAUUGAUAAAAAUGUCCAUUCAAAAACAGCAAAUAUAACUCCGUCAGAACCAAUGUUUAUUAGGUAUACGUAUAAAACUUUGGGAAAGCAUAAUUUAACACUCAAUUGUUCAAAUUAUGCUGAACAAUUUAAUCUUGAUAUUGUGACUCUAAAGGUCCAUAAUCCUUGUUUCUCAAAUCAUGGAAUAUUUGAUCGUAACUACGCUUUGUAUGAACAUCCCAUGAAAGCAUACACAUCUAGAGAUGUAUUUGUUUCAAGCAGGAUGCAAGUUAUAUGUUUAGGAAAAACUGCAGGGUUUCAGUGGGAAAUUUUUAGAUGUCUUGGUGCAACUAAAAAAACUGUUUUCAAUUAUGUCAGUCCUAUGAACCCUUUACAAGGUACAAAUGUUUUUGAACAUGGAAAAAUUCAACCAGGAAUCUAUCACAUCACUUUGAACGUUUCACUAGAAGGAACAUGGCUUAAGGAAAAUAUGUAUAUUGAGUUCAUAAAACCACCACCGUAUGCUUUCAUCAUAGGUAGUUCAAAGAGAGCUGCAAAAGUCAAUGAAAAGACGAUUGAAAUUGAUGCAUUAACAGGAUCCUAUGAUGGAGCUAAGGGAUACGGGAAUAGUCAGGAUCUUACAUUCACUUUUCAGUGCGAAGCCUUUCCUUCCGAUGAUUUUAAAGAAAUAGAAGAUUCUUUCAACGACAAAACCCUAAUCAAAAACCUAUGUACCUUGACCGGAAAUAAAAGAGGAAAGCGAACACUCGACAUAACGACAGCGAAGGGUUACGCAGUAACUGUCAAUGUCAGUGAUGGUCAAAAGUUUUCCACUUUUACACAGUUUCUCAGUAUUCUACAGGGAAAUCCACCUGAUGUCAUUUUAAUCUGCAGUAUUAACUGUGCGGAAAAAUAUGCUAUAACAUCUAAGAUGAAUGUUUACGCCAAGUGUCUGGACUGUCCGGCCGAUGAAACUCUACUAUUCUCUUGGACUCUCGUAAAAGUAACGAGUGGGACGGAAGAUAUUGUUGAUAAUUUUGCAGAUUUAACAGCCACAGGCCUUGAUACAGCAACGAUGGUAAUUAAAGAAAAUGCAUUUGAGUCAGGGAUUCGCUAUGUCCUGAAACUAAAUGCGUCCUCUAAAGCAGAAACACGAAUGGGAUUCAGCGUUGUCGCAAUGGAUAUCCGAACCAAUUAUCCACCAUAUAACGGCAACUGUAAAGUUCAACCAGAAGAAGGAAGGGCUAUGAAUGAUUCAUUUGAUGUGCUUUGUGAGGACUGGGUUGAUGAGGGCUCCAAUGACGCUCGCGACCUUUCAAAAGACAGAGACGCACAGGAACCAUUGGUAUAUCUGUAUGAAGUAUUGACCAAUGCAAGCGAUCCAGGAACAAAACGUGAAAUUUACAGAGGAGGAGAAAGUUCUGCCAUCAAUAUGCAACUACCUCUUGGAUUAAAAGAGCUAAACUAUACACUGGAAAUAAGAGUAUACGUGUUUGAUCGAUUCGGGGAUUCCAAUACAACUACUACUCAUGUCAAAGUCAAACCUCUAGAAAAUAUACUUCCCAAAGAUGACAAAGAUACAGAAGGCUUAAACAGACUUUUUAAUUCAUUCACAAAUCUUCUAAAUACAACGGAAGCUGGAGGGAAUGAUAUGGCAGUUGUUAGACUUGUAAGCUCAGCCCUGUCAUAUUUUCAACCGGAAACGAACGAGCCAGAAACCAUAGAAAACAAUGGAAAGGAAGAGGACAAUAUAGACGAGGAGGAGGAGGAGGAGGAAGAAUCCAUAACUCCCGUAGAUAAGUUGUAUCAGGAGAAAGCCAAAGAAAUGGCUGGGGUUUUACUAAAAUCUGUGUCAUCCGAAAACAACACUAAAGUAUUUAAUCCUACUGACGCCCAGCAGAUAGCUGGUACUCUUAUGUCUGUCUCCAGUAAUUCCAAGUACAUCACAACAGAAAGCGCAGAGAAAUCAACCAAAGUAGCAGAAACUAUAAUGGAAAGCGUUGUUAAAAAUGCAGAAGUAGUCCCCUUUCCUGUGGAGAGCAUCAAAAGUAUAGAGGGCGCUGUAAAUAGUACUCUAACAUCCCUUGACAAAUUCAUAGAUACAUUGAUCCCUGAAGAAAUAUAUAGUCUCGACGAAGAAAUAUCGGAGGAUUCAAUAUACGAAGAGUUUGUCAAAGAAUACAGAAGAGAAUCACAAUUUGAUGACCCUUUGAUGAAAAGGGAUGAUGUCACAGAGUUAAAGAAGUUGAGAGAAAAAGCCAGGAAACGUUUGGCGAAAAUUAAAAGGAAAAUGGAAAAGCAAAAGGAUAUGGCUAAAUUUGCAAGGAAGACAGCAAAAGUAAUCGAAAAAGUCCUGAAAGAUAUGGAAAAGAUCUCAUUAUUGCAACAAGAAGUAGGAGAAGGAAAUAAAACUCUUCACCGUGGUGAUAUUGACGUGGUGACAGAGAAGGCCGCGCUGUCUGAUGUUUUACUGAAAAUACUGCCCGACUAUCAAGGUAUUCAACUGGUAAUAGUUGAAGAAAAUGACGAUGGAUCAAAUACAAAUAACAUAACAACGUCAUUCUGGAAGAAUACAGAAACAGAAGAACUGACUACACCACUGGGUAUAAUAGGGUCAGGACCAACACGAUCCUCAAUAAAUGAUUCAUUCACAACAACUUCAAUGAAAUUAUCAACAACAACACGAGCAUUAACGACAAGACCGACAACUUCGUAUAACAUUUUUACAAUUUUUAACUUAACAACUUUGUCAUUGAUAAAUAUGACAACAAUCCCAUCAUCAACAACGUUAAAAAGUGGAACAACAAAUACUUUCGAAAAUUCAACAACAACUACGAACAAAGCUGCAUCACCACUGUUAAACAUAACAUUAACUCAAGCUACAACAAAUUUAUCGACUGUCUCAGCGGUUUUGAAUGAGACAAUGAGUACCACGGCUUUCCCUUUAUUAAAUUUUACCAAGACAACGUCUUCAAUGACCAAUGCGAAUUCCAUUAUUAAAAUGCAGUUUCAGAUGUCUAUCAUCAAGAAAAAUCCCUACAUGUAUGGAAAUGGUUCAUCCGGAUUAACAUCCUCAGUAAUUUCUGUCAAUUUAGAAGGAAAAGUAGCCCCAAUUGUCAAAUUCAAAAACAAGGAUUCUUAUCGUUAUAUGCAACGAUAUACUCCAAAGACAAUUCCAAAAGACCCAGAAAGAUUCUUCUAUUUUAAUGUGGACGUUAAACAUGAUGACGAUACAAUCAUGUUGUAUUUUAACCCAGAAAAUAUUGACAUCAACAGCAAAAACUUAACUUUAUACACCGUUUUUGUCAGCAAAACAGGUUAUCCAAGAGAAGCUGAGGAAAAACAUGACUGGAAAAGGCUAUUAUCCGUCCGAGACUGGACCGAGCGCGGUUUCAAACUAGUAAUUCCACCCAAAACGUGUCUCAAAGGGACCUGUUUUAUUGGUUUGCAACCUGUUGAAGCAAAGACAGAAACAAAAUCAAGAAAAAGAAGGGCUGUGGAUACGGUAACAGGGACUACCAUGAUGGCUUCUGCUAGAACAGAUGCUACUACGCAGGAACCAGAUGUGCCAGCGUUUAAUCCGUCCGUUGCUAAUUUUUCAUUAGCCAUAGCGACCACAGCUUGUCGGACAUGGAAUGAAGAAAAAGAAGCUUGGGUGUCAACUGGGUGCACGGUUCUAGAGACAAGCACUUUAGAGGAGACCAACUGCCGAUGCGAAAAGACAAAAUCUAGUGGAUCCAUAUUUGCCACUACGUUUUACGUACCUCCUAAUGUCAUUCAUUGGGAUGUCGUCUUUAGUAAGAUUGAUCCCGAGAACGCUGCAAUAUACGGAACUCUGAUUUGUCUCUCCAUUAUAGCAAUCUUUUUGUUGGUGUUCCUAAGAAAGAAGGAUAAGAUUGAUCUAGAAAAGUGGUCUGUCAACUUUUUGGCGGACAGUGAUGCUACAGACAAUUAUUUCUAUUUGAUAUCCGUCCAUACUGGCAUGAGAAGAGGUGCGGGUACGAAGUCUAACGUCAGCUUUGUUUUGAUGGGAGAGGAACAGAACACAGAAGUUCGUCAGCUCACUGACGGAAUUACGAAGGGAUUCGAAACAUCAAGCAUCAAACAUUUUUUCAUGGGAACUGAACAUCCACUCGGUGAUUUAACAUACUUACAAAUAUCGCACGACAACGCAGGGUCAGGGGAUUUUCAAAGUUGGUACCUGAACAAAAUAAUCAUUGAUGACUUACAAACUCGCAGAAGGUAUAUUUUCCUUUGUGAGCGAUGGCUGGCCAUAGAUCACGAUGAUGGUGCAGUGGAAUGUGCCAUUCCUGUAUGUGGACAAGAAAGUCUUCUAUCCUUUAAUAAUCUGUUUUCCCAGCACGCACAAAAGAGCAUCACUGAAAAUCAUCUCUGGUUAUCCAUAUUCAUCAGACCAGAAAGAAGUAACUUCACGAGAGUACAAAGACUUGUUUGCCUCACAACUUUCUUGUUUUUAACUAUGCUUACAAAUGCCAUGUUCUUCAAAUCCUCCGAAGAACAAACUGCUAGUGAAUUCAAAAUCGGACAUCUGAGGUUUUCUUUGACCAACCUAAUCAUCUCGAUUCAAAGCAUUGCAAUCACUACCUUUCCUAUUAUAUUUGUUAUAUUAAUCUACAGAAAAAGUCGUCAGAAGCGAAGAGUCAACCACAAAGAUAAAUAUAAAGCUGAACUAUUGAAUGAAAAAAUUUCGGCAAGUGAAUAUUCUUCUGCGGACGAUCCGUUUAUUGGAAAUCGUCUGCCAUUUCCGCACUGGGCAGUAUAUAUAGCUUGGGCUGUAAACAUUCUGGCAAUCUUAGGAUCCACCUUUUACCUGUUUUUGAUAAGCAUGCAGUGGGGAAAAGCAAAAUCAGAAGACUGGCUAACAACCUUUGUUUUAAACUUCUUGGAAUCUUUUUUCAUUGUUGAUCCCCUAAAGGUAAUGAUAGUCGCUGUUAUUUUAGCUCUACUCUUCAAAAGGUCUCCAGAUGGUGAAGUUCCUUCAGUGUCUGAAGAAGAACUCAGGAAAACAGUUUCGUCAUACAAAGCAGAAGUCAAAAGAAGUGAUAUUGUUUUUCUUCAAGACUUGAUGAAACCAAAUGAAGAAAGCACUCAGAACAACAUGCAGAAAUUGAAAGAAAAAAGGAAGCAAGAAAUUCACGCUAAAGAGGCCUUAUUCACCCUUCUCUUCUAUGCUCUAUUUAUUUUCAUAAUGUAUAGUAUCAGCUACAUUGAAAGAGACCAGAGGUCGUUUCUUUUAAAGACAAACAUUUACAAUUAUUUAUUCCAAGAUGGCACAAAGUCAAAGAUGAACAAAACAGAAGAUUUUUAUACGUGGAUGGAUAAAGUUUUUAUCCCUAUUUACUAUCCCACAAGGAAUUAUGCAAAUAUGACUUUGAAUUCUGUUGAUAAAAUGUGGUUUGGGGACAUGGCUAAUAUAAGAGUUGGACCUGGUCGGAUUCGGCAAGUCAGAAUGAAGAAAGUUGAAUGUGAUUACUAUAAGCUGACUUGGCCCAACUUUUGUGUUGACGAAUAUGACGAAUUUGAGGAAGACGAAAACAAAUACUGUGUUGGAUGGACCACAUAUAACGCCUCAAUAUGUGAGACACCAGCUUACAAGAAUACUAAAAUCACUGCAGAUGCUUGGAAAUUCAUAAAAUCCAGUGAUAUAUGGGGAUCUCCUUACAGGGGAGAAUAUGCUACGUAUGGUGGGGGAGGAUACAUCCUUAAAUUUACUAAAAACCUUGAAACAGCAAAACUAAUGAUGGAUGAGAUCAAAAAACAUAAUUGGAUUGACAGGGGCACAAGAGCCAUCUUGGUUGAGUUUACUUUAUACAAUGGAAACACUCAUUUGUUUACUUAUAUUACCUUUAUCAGCGAAACAACUGAAACAGGUGGAGUGUUUAACUGGGUUGAAAUAAGACCUUUCCGACCGCUUCUUUCUUUGGGGAGUUUAGGGACAUAUUCUCUAGCAUGUUACAUGAUCUUCAUUAUCUAUCAGAUUGCGCUUACUGUUAAGACAGUGAGGGUCAUUCGAAAGGAUGGCAUUUGCCUUUUUCUAAAGAUGACAUGGAAUAUUGUUGAUUCAAUUUGUUUGGUACUUGGAUACUUUGCGAUAGGAGCAUUUGUAACAAGAAUAUCAUACGCCAAUAAGGCUAUGAACAUAUUUUAUGAUGAUUUGGGAAAUUAUGGUGAAGACCGAUUUGUAAAUUUUAAUCACAUUGUCAUCUGGGACCAGACAUAUAACGUAGUUGUAGCAGUGCUGGUAUUCACUGCCACUCUGAGAAUUAUAAGGAUAAUGGGAUACAAUAAAAAAUUCACUGAAAUCAUAUCUGUAAUAACGGGGGCAGCGAAUGAGUUAAUCAGUUUUGGGAUUGUGUUUGCAAUCAUAUAUUCAGGCUUCGUUAUAUGCGGAUAUCUUUUGUUUGGAAGGAAUUUAAUGGAAUAUCGCAGCAUGUUUCAGGCCUUGACAACACUUACAAAUGCCCUCAUAGGAAAGAACUCUCUUCAGCGCAUGUCUCUUGCUUCACGAUACUUUGCACAGGUGUACUAUUUUACCUACAUCUUAUUUGUUAUAUUUACUCUCAUUACUGUAUUUGCCGCCAUUCUAAAUACAAGCAUUUCCAACGUUCGUCAAGAGACUGCACGAAUGGGGGAUAUCUAUGGAAUUUUUGACAUGCUGAAGAAGUCUCUGCGGGAUAUUCUUGGCGUUGUCAUAAAAGAAAAACAUUUUGAAGAACCACAAGAUAGAGAGAAAAUCCGAUUGAAAGCCCGAAAGUUUGCCCAAAUCGAUGCUCCAAACAUAUUAAAACUAAUACGGGAGGUUUUUAAUGAUUUCCAAGCAAAAGAGGAAUUCACAGCUACAUCAAUGGAGGGUGGCAACGAAUUUUCAACACUUUUUGGACAGACAAUCAACAGAGAAAUUUCUCCUCGCAUGAAGACUCCUGAGAACAUUCUUAUUUCACUUGAUAAGAAAAAUGGAAAACGGGAAUUGAAACAGCAAUACUUUUUGUUCUAAGACUAUGUCAUUUAAAUUCAUAAAUAAAGAAUAAAAUCCGAUGUCAUAUUGGCUCUGUAAUGCGUUGCGUCAAAUUCCAAUGUAUAUCUUAUGCUUUUGAUUUAAAUAUAACACGGGAAAAAACAGGGAAAAUGAUUAUAAUACUUUAAAGUUUUCUAUCUUUUUCCUGUACAUUCUGAUUUUACAUUGAUCUCUGUUUUUGAUUGUGACACUUUCAGAACUAGGAGAAAAUUAGUAGAAGUUUGCCAUUGUUAAAAUAAAUAAUUAGAAGCAUAGAUAUACCCUUAUCAAAUCCAUAUGGGGUUUAUUCUCUCAGUUGAUUCGAUACGCAAGAGCAUGCUCUACGUAUCAAUUUCUAAAACGAGGCAAGCUAUUGACAAACAAGUUGAUGAAACAAGGAUAUCAACAGUCUCGUUUGAAGUCAUCAUUUCGUAAGUUUUAUGGUCGAUACAAUGAUCUUGUCAGCACAUACAACCUAUCAUUGAGUCAAAUGCUGACUGACGUUUUUCAUACUAAUUGUUUGGCCAUUAUUUAUUCACUUAAAUGUCUACGGAUUUUUCCGGGUUUUUUUCCCGAUCAUGACAAGGAGCACACGGCGGGUGUGUCCGAUCGGCAGGGGAUACUCACUCCUCCAUGGCACCUGAUUCCACCUCUAAAUUUUGAGGUCCGUGUUUGCUGUGCUCCAAAUUUGUAUCGUUUCUUUGGACUUUCGAAAUUGAAUACUGUUCGUUAUCUUCAUAUUUCAUUAUUAAAGAAUUUGAUUGUCUGGUGAAAACAAUUGUUCGUAAUUUUCAAUUUAUAUUAUCUCUCUUUUUGAUGUCAACAUGUAUUUAUGGGCUUUAUGAUUAAACAAGUCAUAUUAAGGAGGCUGGGGGGUCAACAAAUUAACCACAAAUUAACCACCAGAUUUAACUUAAUUUUUUUCUUAAGCUGUCGACUAUCAUUUGGCAAAGAAAAAUUUCAAAAAUUUUAGUUUUAAAAUUUGAUCAUUGUCUGUAUCUUCAUAUGGAGCUCUUCUUCUAAAGGAGAUCAAUAUAGUCUAAAAAUGGCCACAACCCCCCAGCCUCUUUAACAUUUAAAAUUGCAUUUUAUAAACUGGUUUAAAGAUUAUCA